UGAAUGAAUAUUGAGAGGAAGCAAAACAGUGUCUCUGUAUUCAACGUGGGAGUGUGACUCUCUCUGAAGCAUUCGCUCCUCUUCCUUCAUCCAUAACCACAACAACAUGCCCUCAGCUCAGGAUCCAUUCUACGUUGUCAAGGCCGAGAUUCAAGAAUCUAUUGACAAGUUGCAAUCUGUAUUUCGCCAAUGGGAACGCGCUCCUGAUGCUGUGGAGCGAGGACAUCUUACAAAGGAGGUUCUUGCGGGAUGUGGGAGCAUAGAAUGGCAGGUGGAUGAAUUGGACAAAGCAAUUGCUGUUGCAUCUAAAGAACCUUCUUGGUAUGGCAUUGAUGAAGUGGAGAUUGAAAACCGGAGGAGAUGGACAAGCAGUGCUCGUACUCAGGUUGGCGCAGUGAAGAAAACAGUGGAAGGUGGAAAGGGAUCAAGUACAACAAGCCAUCAAAGUGUUAGAGGGAUGCACCAAGAAUUAAUGAGGCUACCGAAUUCCCAUCAAACUAAUACAUCCAACCAUUAUGCUGCCGAAGAUGAUGAUUUCAUACAAUCAGAAUCAGAUAGGCAGAUGCUUCUUAUAAAGAGACAGGAUGAGGAGUUGGAUGAGCUUAGUUCAAGUGUGCAAAGAAUUGGAGGUGUUGGACUUACAAUACAUGAUGAACUCAUCGCACAGGAAAGGAUUGUAGAUGAACUUGGUAAUGAGAUGGACAGCACAACAAAUCGUCUAGAUUUCGUCCAAAAAAAAGUGGCAAUGGUCAUGAAGAAGGCUAGUGCAAAGGGCCAGCUCAUGAUGAUAUUGGGUUUGUUGGCCCUGUUUAUUUUCCUCUUUAUCUUGGUGUUCUUCACCUAGUCAUGGAGACGAGGCCAGUCUCUGCGCUGUUUGUACAUGGAAAAGGGAUAUCAUUUUUUGUGGAGAUGCACAUGUCUUAGUUAAAUGGAAGCCUUCUUGUUGUUGGUUUCUCUAGCCAUAGGCAGUAGAAAAUUCUGAUUAUGAUGGAAAAAGGGGGAAUGUACUUCCAGAUUUAUAGGAUUUUGACUAUGGACAAGGUGGAUUUGCAUAAAUGGUGUUAGUGGUAUCGUUUUUUAAACCA